UUGAUCGAGAGGGAGGGGGGAGGAUCAAUCUCUGAGGAAUCUCGGAAGGGAGAGGGAAGAGAAAAAACAAAACCCAAAUUCUUGCAUUCAUUCAUGUCCUUGCCGGAUAUGGUUGAUGUUGCUGAUAAAUUAGCCUAUUUCCAAGCGAUUACGGGCUUAGAAGAUCCUGAUAUAUGCACCGAUAUCCUUGCCGCCCACGGUUGGGACCUCGAGCGCGCUGUUUCUUCUUUUACUGCCACCAAUUCGGAAUCCUCUGCUUCUGCCGCCGCCGAUUAUGGUGGGGGAAACGCCCAUUUUGACCCUGCACCGCGCCGAUUCCUCGAGAGAUCGGAAUUGCACGAGAAUGCUGCACCGGCACCGGCCCCGGCCCCGGCCGCUGGCUUGGCGUGGAAGAUCAUUACGCUUCCGAUUUCUGUGAUUUCUGGUAGUUUAGGGCUGGUUUCGGGUGCUGUUAGUCUCGGGUUAUGGGCUGCUGGGGGUAUACUCUCCUAUUCUCUUGGAGUCAUUGGUUUGGGGUCUGGGUCUGGUUCUGGGCGAAACGCUGAAUCGUCGGCUCGGUUGGUUUCGGUGUCUGCUGCGGCUUCGGAAGCUAUUGAUUUCGUGUCGGCGUUUGAGAGGGAUUAUGGGAGUACGAGGCCGAAUUUUGUGGGGGAGGGGUUCAUGGACGCGUUGCAGCGUUCGAGAAACGCAUUUAAGCUCUUGUUUGUUUACCUGCACUCUCCUGAUCAUCCGGAUACGCCAUUUUUCUGCGACAGAACCUUGUGUUCGGAGACUAUUGCAGCGUUUUUGAACGAGAAUUUUGUUUCGUGGGGAGGGAGCAUUCGUGCUAGUGAAGGUUUUAAGAUGAGUAAUAGCUUGAAAGCAUCGAGAUACCCUUUUUGUGCUGUGGUUAUGGCAGCAACAAAUCAGAGGAUUGCGCUGCUUCAGCAGGUUGAGGGACCAAAAACAGCCGAAGAAAUGUUAGUGAUUCUACAGAGAGUCCUUGAAGAAAGUGCUCCUGUUUUGGUUUCAGCAAGGCUUGAUGCAGAAGAAAGAAGAAAUAACAUGCGUUUGAGGGAGGAACAAGAUGCUGCUUACAGAGCAGCACUUGAAGCAGAUCAAGCCAGGGAACGACAAAGAAGAGAGGAGCAAGAGCGUCUGGAAAGGGAAGCCGCUGAAGCUGAGAGGAAGAGGAAAGAGGAAGAAGAGGCUCGUGAGAGAGCGGCUCGUGAAGCUGCAGAAAGAGAGGCUGAUUUAGCUAGAAUCCGGCAGUUGAAAGCAAUGUCACUUGGUCCUGAACCUGAAAAAGGGCCUAAUGUUACACAGGUUUUGGUGCGGUUCCCAGCUGGAGAACGCCGUGAAAGGAGGUUCCACAGUACCGCUACGAUUCAAACUCUCUACGACUACGUCGAUUCCUUGGGUUGUUUGGAGGUCGAUACUUACAAUCUGGUCUCCAACUUCCCUCGAGUUGUUUAUGGUGCCGAGAAGCUCUCGUUGUCCUUGAAAGAAGCUGGACUGCAUCCUCAGGCCAGUCUUUUUGUGGAGCUAACCUCUUGAAAUCUCCAACUAGUAGUAGAACGGUUAAAAUUAGUUGAAGAUGAAAACUGUAAAAGCAAGAUAUAAGAUAUUUAUAGUAGCCCUUGCUUGUUUCAUUUUGAUUAGAGUUCCUUUGAUGACAGUAUAAGCUCUCUGAAUGUUUCAGGUUUAUAGUAGUAGAUGCAUAUUCAGUAUAAAUUAAUGGUGGUUUUGGAAUAAUGACUUUAAUUUUUUCUGUAUUUGUAAUUUUAGAAUCUGGGUCACAUUUGAUA